AUGAUUAAAAAAUCAAAAUCUAAGUAGAGCAUCUCUCUAGAAGAAUCCAUCGAUGAGGACAGAAGGAAGGAUAACAUCAUCCAAUCUUUGCUGCAAUAAAGCACCAAUCUACAACUAAAAUAAUUGCCAACAAUAAAAUUCGAUUUGAAUGAAAAUUAGAUAUAAGCAAAUGACAUUAUUUACAACCAAAAGAAACAACCCUCUGUUGAAUACAUAACACCAUAAAUUGUUCAGAACAAUCUUGAAAUGGUUAAAGAAAAUCUAAAAAUAGUAAUCCAAGAAAAAUUUGAAGAAUCCAAAUGUCUCAACUGGUCAUAGUUGGUUAUCGAAUUCAUCAAGGUUAUGGCCUAUUGCAAUAUUUUGAUUUCAGAUGGAUGCUCAAAUCAAAAGACACUUUGGUUUUUCCUAAUGUUCAUUCAUGAUGUAAGUUUGAACUCUAAAUUUAUAAGAUUUUCUAAAUCGCAAUUAUCAUUAAAAUUGUCAAUACCAUACCUGCUAAAUUCGAUAGCAAAUUGAAAACCAAAAGAUUAACUAAGAUCAAAAGAGAAUCCAAGUAUCCCAUGGCUGGCAGAAUCUCUUAUUACGGGUAAUUGAUGUCCGAUAUAGAUUAAGUCGAAAGUCAAAUGGAUUAUUACAAUGACUAAGCGUCAAGAACCAUCAAAUAUCACUCUCUCUAACAAUUCAACCAAAUGUAGAAAAUCAUAUUAAUUUAAUAGUUUUUAUCUUGUCUUGGUGAUUUGGGGAAUUCUACAAUUGGGGUAGCUUUGUUAAUCCUUUAUUGUAGUUUACACUUUCUAAGGCUUUAUUAUGUUGGGUAUUAUCACUCUAAUCUUAAAAUUUAUAUAUUUUCUGUCUUUCAAAUUCUGCAUAGGGGCUGUGCUUGCCAAUUAUCUAAUGAUUGCUGAUAGAAAUAUUGAGAACAACGUAAAAUUGUAAAUCAUAUAAAUUUAGGAAAUAGUUUAGAAUUUAACUAAAUAAACAAAAAGCAACUAUGAGUUUGAAAUUUGCUAUCUAUGUUCAAUGUAGAUCAAACACUUAACCUAGUUUAUUGAUUUACCUUGUAACUAAUUGUAAAUUAAUUGAUCUCAAUGAUUUAGACAUAGAUUCCAUGAAAAAUGCAUUUAAAAAUGGCUAUAAUCCCAUUUGUGCUGUCCUGUUUGUCUAGAACCAAUUGACUUGAUGAAUUUGCAGCUGAAAGUACUAGCUUGACUUAUUUUACAAAAUAUAUAUGUAGAGAAAAUAGUAAAGCAGAAUGAAA